ACGCACAACAUCAUUAGCAGAGCGGAUAACCUUUCGCCUCAUUUCAUUAGGUUUUCCAGGCAGGAGGCGUCUAAGGAAGUGCACGUUACUGUUCCCUCUUUUAUUAACUCACAUUAAUUUCCAGAACACUUCUAGACGUCGGGUAUAUUUUGCCAGGCCUCCUAUGCUAUUGUGUGUAAAUUAAUGUAGGCUAUAUGCUAUCUGUCUCCUUCGGACUUCCUACGCGAUCUUUCCAUGUUACCCCAUAGUGACGCAGCAAGCAACUUUCUUUUUAUGCACACUUCCUGUACUGGAAACGCUAAUGUUAUUAUUAUCUUGUAAAUGCAAACGCACUAAACGGCCACAGUCCCUCCCAUACCUAAUCGUGACUUCUUGUAACAGGAGACCAUCGAGCCCGCCUCCAAAGCGGAGUUCCUGUGCCGUGAAUGGAUGGAGAGAGCAGACAGAAAGUGCCCUGCAACAGCUGCGAGCCGCUUCCACCACAGGAGUCUGUGUAGCUGCGCACUGUGGAUGAGAGAUUUGUCACGCACUACCCGGUUCAACCGAAGUUAACACGGAUACACAAGCACACCGAAGUACACUCAUGAACGAACGGGAUCGUAUCCACAAAGAUAAGGAAAAACGGAGGGAACCAGAUCUGAUCUUAAGGUUUUAGGAGCGUCCCUCCGUUUGGAUAAUGGAGAAAACUUUGCUUCGACUGCAGAAGUCUGCAGAAACUACUGACAAAGUUCUGGAGGAACCGCAAAUUGGUCUGGCCAUGAGAAACGGAGAAUUUACGGAUCAACAGAUGGGACUGCCGGACAAAAUACCUCUAGUGAAGCCUUAUUUUAAAAAGAAACACGCACAGAGGAAGUUGGACGCAAAAUGUCUGCGGGCGCUGGAUGAUCCCAUUCUGACUACGUUAUUAAGCUCAGAUGCACUUGUAGCGAGUGAUGGGGUGUUUGUACCUCGGAACCAGCCCGGGACUCAACGGAACCUGUGCGCAGCAGUGGUGGAAAAGCAGUCCAGAAUCAACCAAGUAUGCUUGAAGGACGAGAGUGCUGUUUCUGCGAUGAUUGCCGAUGAGGGAGACGGAGAGAUAUCGGAUCCUUCUACUGAGCUCGGGGAUCAGGGACAAAAAGUGACUGAUAUUCAACGGGUGACAAUAGCUACUAAUGAGCACCGUUUUCAGCCGCAGGCCACCGACGUGGCGGCGCCCACUACGGUUGUUACCCCUGGUGAGGGGGAAAAGAUGAAUGACAUGUACAGCUCUGAGCGUUUGCAGGGUGCAAAUUGCCUUGCCAUCAAAGACGGACCGCUGAAAGGCGAAAUCUUUCAGGAUAAAAGCGAAGAAGCCUCUUUGGAUCUCGUGUUUGAACUUCUGACCCAGCUACAGUACCAUACACAUCAAGGCGACGCGGUAUCGAUCUGCGUGGAUUUUCUCCAGGGGGUCUGCGUGUAUGGGAGCGACUGCGGGCAGCACCAUACUGUCCUACCAUACCACUGGCAAAUCCGAAGAGCCGAUACUCAGACUUGGCAAAGCAUGUCAGAUGACUCGCAAGAACAAUUGGAAAGGCUCUAUUGCAAUCCAGACAAUGAACAAAUCAGACUGAAGUUUCAGGGCCGCGUGUUCACCUUGGAUUUCAGCUCCAUGAGGGUGUGCGACCUGCAUUUUGACCAGGUCAGGCGACUUUCCACGGCCCCCAGCUCAGUUACCACACCCACGUUCUCUAACCCCACCCCCAACUGCCACACAGUGUGGAAGUACUACUGCAGAGACAACUUCGGCUGGAGGGAGUACUCUGAGCCGGUGGUUCGGCUGAUUGAGGAAGCAAGUGGGCGUGGUCUGAAAGAGGUCCGCUUCAUCACACUCCAGAACCAGUAUAUCCUGAACAUCUGGGAGGGGUUUCAGCAGAACGCCGUCUUCGGCUUCCGCCGGCAGAUCAAGAAAAGGCCGCUCUUCCUCUCCACCGUGAUGCUCAUGCCUUACCUGCAGACUCUGGGCGGUUUGGGCUCGCCGGGCCCCUCCCCCUCGCAGAGCCCCGGGCCCCUCCCACUGUCUCCUACCUCGCACGCCCCGCCCAAGGCCUACCCCGAGACAUGGCUGCCCAUGGGCUCCUGCCAGGACUUCCUCCAAGUGCCCUUAUCCAAAGAGGACCGGAGCUACCGCACCGUCUACAGCCUCUUCCACAAGACCGUGUCGGAGACGCGGUUCCGCAUCCUGAAGAUCCUGCGCGUGCAGAACCCCUUCCUCUGGGAGAAGUACAAGAGGAAGAAGGAGUACAUGUCUCGGAAGAUGUCGGAGAUGGACCGCAUGCUGAACGAGCGCCACCUGUUCCACGGCACCUCGCAGGACGUGGUGGAGGGCAUCUGCAAGCACAACUUCGACCCGCGCGUGUGCGGCAAGCAUGCCACCAUGUUCGGCCAGGGCAGCUACUUCGCCCGCAAGGCCGUCUACUCCCACAACUUCUCCAAGCGCUCGUCCAAGGGCGUGCACUGCAUGUUCCUGGCCAAGGUCCUGACGGGCAAGUUCACGGUGGGCAACCCCUCCAUGCGUCGCCCGCCGCCCCUGCACCCGGGCAACCCCUCCAGCGACCUCUUUGACUCCUGCGUGGACAACUGGGUGGACCCGCAGAUAUUUGUCAUCUUCAACGAUGACCAGAGCUACCCCUACUUCAUCAUCCAGUACGAGGAGGUGUCGAACACUGUGUCCGUCUGAGAGCAAGCAGGGGGGCACGCCCCGUGCAAGGGCUGUGGGCCAAUAAGGUGCCCUUCUCCCCCCUCCCUCCCGGCGGCUACUGCUCGACCGCUGUUCAGGCCCUGGUCGGCCCACCCCUGGUGUUUCAGCGAUCAGUAGCCCCCUGCCCCCUCGCCCCAGCCCUGCGUUCCCCCUACGCCUGAGGGGUGAGAAGCCUUUGCCGGGCCCUUCUGCGUGCCGUUUGGGCUGGAGGGGCUCGUCCCGGGGACGGACGGCUGCGCUCCGGCUCUCUCCCGCCCAGGUGGGACGUGGGUGGCGCCUUUUUAGGUUCCAUUGCCACUGGCUCUAUCCCUACCCUUUUGUUUUUGCCGUUCCCUCUCCUCCGGAGUCCGUUUAGAUUUUGUGAGAAGCUGUACAUACGUUUUCAUUGUUUAUAUUUGAACUGUGUGCCUUUUGUUCAUAAAAAAAAUGUUUAUUUAUGUUAGUAAAUGUAACGUCGAAAUAAAUAAAAUGUUUUAUUGAAAAAACUGA